GAUCCAGGAUGAAGGAGCACCCCCCUAUUUAUGAUAUACUAUUCUCUUGGCAGAGAGAAAAGAGCAAGAGUUGGUGGAAACACACACAAUAGCUCUUAAAGCUUCUACUUGGAACUGGAACUUUCUCAUAUUUCAUUGGCCAAAAUGAGAUGAUGUCUGUUCAUCAGCUGACCAAGGAACCCUUUGAACUAUGUUAUCAAGUGGGAAUCCUGUAUAUGAAAAAUACUAUAGACAGGUUGAUACAGGCAAUACUGGAAGAGUAUUGGCUUCUGAUGCUGCUGCUUUCCUGAAAAAAUCAGGGCUUCCAGACUUGAUACUUGGAAAGAUUUGGGAUUUAGCUGACACAGAUGGCAAAGGUAUCCUGAGCAAACAAGAAUUCUUUGUUGCUUUGCGUCUUGUGGCAUGUGCCCAGAAUGGAUUGGAGGUUUCACUGAGUAGUUUGAACCUGGCUGUUCCUCCACCAAGAUUUCAUGAUACCAGCAGUCCCUUGCUAAUCAGUGGAACCUCUGCAAAUGAGCUGCCAUGGGCUGUAAAAUCUGAAGAUAAGGCCAAGUAUGAUGCAAUUUUUGAUAGUUUAAGCCCAGCAAAUGGAUUUCUGUCUGGUGAUAAAGUGAAACCAGUGUUGCUUAACUCUAAGUUACCUGUGGAUAUCCUUGGAAGAGUUUGGGAGCUGAGUGAUAUUGACCAUGAUGGAAUGCUUGACAGAGAUGAGUUUGCAGUUGCCAUGUUUUUGGUAUACUGCGCAUUGGAGAAAGAACCUGUGCCAAUGUCCUUGCCUCCAGCCUUGGUGCCACCUUCUAAGAGGAAAACGGUCAGUAUAUCAGGCUCUAUGCGGUUGAUCCCCACAUCAGCAUCAGCAAAGGAAUCUUACCACUUCUUACCACCUGUAGGCAUUUUACCUACCAAAGCACCGUUAAGACAGUGGGUUGUAUCGCCUGCAGAAAAAGCUAAAUAUGAUGAAAUCUUCCUGAAAACUGAUAAAGAUAUGGAUGGAUUUGUGUCUGGAUUGGAAGUUCGUGAAAUAUUUUUGAAGACAGGUUUACCUUCUGCCUUACUAGCCCAUAUUUGGGCAUUAUGUGACACAAAGGACUGUGGGAAGCUUUCAAAGGAUCAGUUUGCCUUGGCUUUUCACUUAAUCAAUCAGAAGUUAAUAAAGGGCAUUGAUCCGCCUCACAUUCUUACUCCUGAGAUGAUUCCACCAUCAGACAGGGCCAAUUUACAAAAGAACAUUAUAGGAUCAAGUCCUGUUGCAGAUUUCUCUGCUAUUAAGGAGCUAGAUACCCUUAACAAUGAACUGGUUGACUUACAGAGGGAAAAGAAUAAUGUGGAACAGGACCUUAAGGAGAAAGAAGAUACUCUCAAACAGAGGACAAGCGAGGUUCAGGAUCUUCAAGAUGAAGUUCAGAGAGAGAAUACUAAUCUGCAAAAACUACAGGCCCAGAAACAGCAAGUACAGGAACUCCUUGAUGGACUGGAUGAGCAGAAAGCCCAGCUGGAAGAACAACUCAAGGAAGUCAGAAAGAAAUGCGCUGAGGAAGCCCAGCUGAUCUCAUCCCUGAAAGCUGAAUUAACUAGUCAAGAAUCACAGAUCUCUACAUAUGAAGAAGAGCUGGCAAAAGCUAGGGAAGAGCUGAGUCGCCUACAGCAAGAAACAGCAGAAUUGGAGGAGAGUGUGGAGUCAGGGAAGGCCCAGCUGGGACCUCUUCAGCAGCACCUGCAAGAUUCACAGCAGGAAAUCAGUUCAAUGCAAGUGAAACUGAUGGAAAUGAAAGAGUUGGAAAACCAUAAUAAUCAAUUAAAUUGGUGCAGUAGCCCACACAGCAUUCUUGUAAACGGUGCUAUAGAUUAUUGCAGCCUCAGCACCAGCAGCAGUGAAACAGCCAACCUGAAUGAGCAUGCUGAAGUCCAGAGCAACCUAGAGUCUGAGCCCAUACACCAGGAGUCUCCAGCAAGAAGUAGCCCUGAAAUACUGCCUUCUGGUGUGACUGAUGAAAACGAAGUGGUUACUACAGCUGUUAGUGAAAAAGUUUGUCCUGAAUUUAAUAGUGACAGCCAUUCAAAAGAGGAAGACCCAUUUACUGUAGAAUCAAGUUCACUGACAGAUCCAGUUGCAGAUACAAACUUGGAUUUUUUCCAGUCUGAUCCUUUUGUUGGCAGUGAUCCUUUCAAGGAUGAUCCUUUUGGAAAAAUUGAUCCAUUUGGAGGUGAUCCUUUCAAAGGUUCAGAUCCAUUUGCAUCUGACUGUUUCUUCAAACAAUCUUCUACUGAUCCUUUUGCCACUUCUAGUACCGACCCUUUCAGUGCAGCCAGCAAUAGCAGUAAUACAUCGGUAGAAACAUUGAAACACAAUGAUCCUUUUGCUCCCGGCGGAACAGUUGUUGCAGUUAGUGAUUCAGCCACAGACCCCUUUGCUUCUGUUUUUGGAAAUGAAUCAUUUGAAGAUGGAUUUGCUGACUUCAGCACAUUGUCAAAGGUCAACAGUGAAGAUCCUUUUAGUUCAGCCACACCAAACUCUGCCAGCAAUGUGGUCCUUACAAAAAAUGUGCUGGAGGAAGCACCAGUCAAAAAUGAAGAUGUACCCCCUGCCCUGCCACCGAAGAUCGGAACUCCAACAAGGCCCUGCCCUCCACCACCUGGGAAAAGACCAAUCAACAAAUUGGAUUCUUCAGAUCCCUUUAAACUGAAUGAUCCAUUUCAGCCUUUCCCAGGCAAUGAUAGCCCCAAAGAAAAAGAUCCCGAUAUGUUUUGCGAUCUUACUUCUACUACUACUACCACUACCAGUAAAGAGGCUGACCCAAGCAAUUUUGCUAACUUCAGUGCUUAUCCCUCUGAAGAAGAUAUGAUUGAAUGGGCCAAGAGGGAAAGUGAGAGAGAGGAAGAGCAGAGGCUUGCCCGACUGAAUCAGCAAGAACAAGAAGACUUGGAACUGGCUAUUGCACUCAGCAAAUCUGAGAUUUCAGAAGCAUGAGGAAUUCUCCUGUCCUUUGUCAACCAGAUAAUACUUUUCUUCCUAAAUACUGAAGCUAUUUACAGUGUGUAUCGAAACUACCUAUGAGCAUGGGAAUACAAAAGGUUUGAGAUUCCUGUAAAUGUGACAAAAGUUGUUUUUUAAUUCAUUUCAGAUUUGUCUUUUUGCCCCCCUUGGAAAAGCAGUAACCCAGUCAGACAGCUUCAUCUAGGUCCCUCUUCUGGUGUGCAUUUACUGUGCGCUUUUGCCUGCCUCUGCUACUCUGACUUGUAAAGCUAGAGCACCCAAGCUUCUCCUUCUGGAGUAUAGAGAAAAUAGCUUCACCCCUGUGCUACCCUUGUUCUGAAGUUACUCUGAUGAUAGCCAGU